UUCUGGCGCGAUUCAGUAUUCAGAAUAAGGAGCUAACGUCAGUGUAACCCAACCUCCAGUAGAACAAGGCUACACAGCACGGGGUGGGCAGUUAAUUUUGGACCUGUUUUUGUUCGACGGCGGUAUCACGAUAUUGGGUUAGUACGACUUUAGACUGCAAAUCCUAUAUUUGUGUGCGCACGGGAACGCUCCAAACUGCACUCUGAACGGAGGCAAGCUAACUAAACACAAAUGUCAACAACAAAAACAGCAAGGGGCAGGGCAGCUGCAAAGCUCGGUCGUUAACGCCACAUAUUUCUGCUUAACUUGUGCAGACUGGGUAUUCAGUGCAGGGAUGAGGCUGUCGUGUGUUAAUGUGUCAUCUGAUAAUAAUAGCAAGUUUUAUCAGUCACACGCUAACGGCAGUGGGUUUGUAGCUAGCUAAAUAAGAGCUAGUGCGAUGUAAACAAAUAGAUAAUGUGCGUUAUGUAGGUUAUAAAAAUACCUUUAUCAGCUUAACUGAAUGGUAUCAAUACUGAUCUUCCAGAUCAGAGUCGUUUAUAGUCAUCUACUUGCGUCUCUCUUCAAAUCAUUUUAUCUACUGGACCACCAUGCAUCACUCUGCUCCCUCAAGCAGUGAGCUGAGGUGUCUGCCGGCCAUGUAUUCGUUUUCGGGCCCCACAAGCCUUCCCGAGUUGGACCUCGGACCUUCAAGUAUGAGUGAGCACAUACAGAGAGCCGCAGUCUCUAACAACAACUGGGAGACUAGAUGCCUCAGAAAGCACAGGAGGAGAGCAGAUGAUGAGGGAUGUAGUGCCAAAAAGAGGAGGUUAAUGUUUGAGGCAGAAGUUGCCCCUUCAGUGAACUUGAGUACUAGUACUCAUUGUGACUGGCCCACAGCAAACAGCUGCAAUCCUCAGUCUGCACAGCAAGCCAGCCCUGCAACUCCAAAGCCGUGCACAACAUCAAAUAACUUGACUUUGCCACAGACCUCCUCUUCCCUGUUCCGACGUGAGACAGAGAGUUCCUGCAUGGAGAUAGAGGCUGCUCAGAGGAAACUUCAGGAGAUAGAAGACAGAAUAACGCUGGAAGACGAUGAGGAUGAAGAUCUGGAUGUAGAGCCAGCUCCAAGACGCCCGGUGCUGGUGAUAUCUGACAGUUUGAAGAAGGGUCUACAGCAGGGCAUCAGUGACAUCCUCCCUCACACAGUAGCCCAGUCUGUGAGCCGUUCCUGUAUGGAGUUGGUGUUAUGGCGGCCACCAGAUGAUCCCUUCAGUCAGAGGCUUAAGGACUCAUUACAAAAACAGCGCAAACAACAGACAGCAUGUCGGCAGUCCCCGACUCCAUGUCCAUCCCCCAGUCCUCACAGUCCACUUAGCUCCUCAAGCCCUCCAGCAGACACACACGGUCCUCUGUAUGGUUACUCUGUGGCCCACAACUCUGGGGAGGAGGACAUGGAAAUGUAAUAGUGUUUCUCCACAAAGUGAUGCCAAAGUGAAAGACUGGACACGUAGCCAAGUAAAAGAUUAAAAAGGACUCAGAACAAC